CAUUGGUCGAACGCGUGCCACUUCUUGUGCUCUGAUUGGCCAGCCUCGAGCCGAAGACGGAAGUGGUCGCAGAUGCGAUUGAGCCAGCGACGGGAGACGAAAACAACCAGUUUAUAAAGCUUUAAAAGGGACACAUCGGGGCGUUUCGAUGAGUUAGUGUUCAACAAAGGCCGACGGGAUGACUUUAGUGGUUCGUUUUUUGGUUUUGAUGACCGUCGCUGUGGCUGGUAACGCGAAGAACGACGACGGCGACGACGACGAGUGGGUUCAUCUUCCGGACAAUUGUGAAGUGUGCAAGUUUGUCAGCAUCGAGAUGAAGUCCGCCUUCGACGAAACCGGGAAGACCAAGGAAGUCAUUGACCGCAACUAUCGCUUCAUCGACAGCAAGGGAGCGCCGCCCAUCAAAUAUGUCAAGUCCGACCUGCGCUUCAUCGAAGUGCUGGAGAACGUUUGUCACAGGCUGCUCGAGUACAACCUGCACAAAGAGAGAAGUGGCAGCAACCGCUUUGCCAAGGGCAUGUCCGAGACCUUCUCCACCCUUCACGGCCUGGUCAAUAAAGGCGUCAACGUGGUCAUGGACAUCCCGUACGAGCUGUGGAAUGAGACGUCGGCCGAAGUGUCCGACCUCAAGAAACGGUGUGACGUGCUGGUGGAGGAGUACGAGGAUGUGAUUGAAGACUGGUACAAAGGUAGCCAGGAGGAAGACUUGACCACUUACCUGUGCGAGAAGCACGUGCUGAAAGGAAAGGACACAGCCUGCUUGAAGGAGGAGUGGACGCCCAAAAGGAAGGGAGACCGGGCGGCCAUUGCAGAAAAGAAGAAAAGCAAAGGAGGUGAGCGCAAGAAAGUGAAGAAGGAGAAGGUGAUGGAGGAGGAAGGAGUCCAGCCUCGGGUGUCUCUGUCUGGGACCAAGACGGAGCUGUGACAAGUUUGUGGAGACCCCCUGCACGACUUCAGCUGCGCUGCAGGAACACUUGCCUUCCUCUGUACUUUUGUUUUUAUGGUUACCUUGGAUGAGUGUUUGUGUGUGUGUGUGUGUCUACAAGCUGCUAUUUAAGAUGCGCGUAUGUAUUUGCCAGUGUUUUAUUGUUUUAAAAAAAAUCCUUGUGGCAUUUGUGUA